GGUAGAGAGGAUCUCCGGUGUAAAAUCACACGGGCGUACUUGCGUGUGCAUCUUCUCUCUCCUCCAACACGUACAGGUCCGUUUCCUUCCCGUUUCCCCCUCUCUCCAUCCACCACAUAAGAUAAUCCACCUCCCUGCAGUUCACAAUUCGAACCCUAGAGAGAGAGAGAGAGAGAGAGAGAGAUCCACUGGAACCGUAAAUCUCCCACCGUAUCUCAUGGAGAUCGCCGCGUCACUCGAUCCCGUCGUGAACCCUUCCACUUCUUCGCCGGGAAUUAAUCCGCCGACCAAUCAAAACGACGACGAUGAAGAGGGAGAUGUUUGUCGUAUCUGCCGUAAUCCAGGAGACACGGAGAACCCUCUCCAGUACCCUUGCGCCUGCAGCGGCAGCAUCAAGUUCGUUCACCAAGACUGCCUCCUCCAGUGGCUCAAUCACAGCAGCGCCCGCCAAUGCGAGGUCUGCAAGCAUGCAUUUUCGUUCUCACCUGUUUAUGCUAAGGAUGCUCCAGCGAGGCUUCCUUUUCAGGAGAUUUUGGUGGGGAUGGCCAUGAAAGCGUGCCAUGUUGUGCAAUUUUUGUUGCGCCUUAUUUUUGUACUUACAGUUUGGCUCCUUGUCAUUCCCUUCAUUACAUAUUGGAUCUGGCGAUUGUCAUUUGUGAAGAGUUUUGGUGAAGCUCAAAGUCUUUUCUUGAGUCAUAUAUCUUCUACAGCCUUUCUGACUGAUUGUCUGCAUGGGUUCCUACUUUCUGCAAGCAUUGUGUUUAUUUUUCUUGGAGCCACGUCGUUGAGGGAUUAUUUCAGGCAUUUACGAGAAAUUGGAGGGCAGGAUGCUGACAGAGAAGAUGGAGAUAGAAAUGGUGCUCGUGCUGCAAGAAGACCUCCUGGACAUGCUAAUAGGAAUUUAGCGGGUGAAGCAAAUGGGGAAGAUGGUGGUGGGGCACAAGGAGUUGCUGGAGCUGGUCAAAUAAUCAGAAGGAAUGCAGAAAAUGUUGCUGCUAGGUUGGAGAUGCAGGCAGCUCGUCUUGAGGCUCAAGUCGAACAAAUGUUUGAUGAUUUGGAUGAUGCUGAUGGUGCAGAGGAUGUACCCUUCGAGGAGCUAGUUGGGAUGCAGGGGCCUGUUUUCCAUUUGCUGGAAAACGCACUCACUGUUCUUGUCAGCAACGUGGUAUUCCUUGGGUUUGUCAUCUAUGUGCCCUUUUGGUUGGGACGAAUUAUACUUCAUUAUCUGUCAUGGGUGUUGUCCUCUGCUACUAGUCCAGUGCUGUCAACGGUAUUGCCGCUUAUGGAGUCCGCCCUUUCCUUCGCCAAUAUAACAUUGAAGAAUGCACUUGCUGCUGUUGCUAAUUUGACCCCCGAUAACCAAGAAAAUAGUUUUCUUGGCCCAGUUGCUGAAAUGUUGAAUGCAAAUUCUACAAGACCACAAGAAUCAUCGAAUAAUCUUAGCACAUUACUCUCAGCUGAUAUUAUGAGUGGUGCAUCUGCUGGAACAUCACGGCUUUCUGAUGUUGCUACUCUUGCUGUUGGAUACAUGUUUGUAAUCUCUUUGGUCUUUCUCUAUCUCGGUAUUGUUGCACUGAUUCGGUACACUAGGGGUGAGCCCUUGACAAUGGGUAGGUUCUAUGGUAUAGCUUCAUUAGCAGAGACAAUACCCACCCUAUUCAGGCAGUUUGUGGCAGCAAUGAGACAUUUAAUGACCAUGAUUAAGGUUGCUUUCCUUCUGGUCAUUGAACUGGGUGUUUUUCCUCUGAUGUGCGGAUGGUGGCUGGAUAUUUGUACCAUAAGAAUGUUCGGGAAGUCGAUUGCUCAAAGAGUUGAUUUCUUUUCAGUCUCUCCAUUAGCAAGCUCGUUGGUCCAUUGGGGUGUAGGAAUCGUGUAUAUGCUACAAAUAAGUAUCUUUGUCAGCCUUCUUCGAGGGGUUUUGCGCAAAGGCGUUCUUUACUUUCUUCGAGAUCAGACCGAUCCAAAUUACAACCCCUUCCGUGAUCUGAUUGAUGAUCCUGUGCACAAACAUGCUCGUAGGGUUUUGCUGUCUGUUGCUGUUUAUGGUAGUUUGAUAGUGAUGCUGGUAUUUUUACCCGUUAAAAUUGCUGUACGAAUGGCACCAUCAAUUUUCCCGCUGGAUGUCUCUGUAUCUGACCCAUUCACUGAAAUCCCUGCUGAUAUGCUUCUCUUUCAAAUCUGCAUUCCAUAUGCGAUUAAGCAUUUUAAGUUGCGUGUAACAAUCAAGUCCAUUCUCCGCUACUGGUUUACCGUAGUUGGAUGGGUGCUGGGUAUAACAGAUUUCUUACUGCCUAGACCUGAGGACAAUGGUGGUCUUGAAAACGGAAAUGGGGAGCCAGCAAGGCCGGAUAGACCAGGAGGACAUGCUGCUGAUGAUUUGAACAGAGGCAGGCUAGUAUUAGCAAACACUGAUCUUGAAGAAGAGUAUGAUGGUGAUGAACCAGCUGACUCAGAAAGGUACGUAUUUGUGCUUCGGAUUGUGCUGUUGUUGGUGAUGGCUUGGAUGACUCUACUUAUAGUUAACUCUGCCUUAGUAGUUGUACCAGUUUCUAUUGGACGUACACUUUUCAACCGCAUCCCUCUUCUCCCAGUAACUCAUGGGGUCAAGUGCAAUGAUUUAUAUUCUUUUGCCAUUGGAGUCUAUAUUAUUUGGACUGCCUUAGCUGGGGCUAGGUAUUCCAUUGAGCACGUUAAAACAAGGAGGGCUAAAGUUCUGCUAAAACAAAUUUGGAAAUGGUGUGUCAUUAUUUUGAAGAGUUCCGCAUUGCUGUCAAUAUGGGUUUUUGUCAUCCCGGUGUUAAUUGGACUGCUCUUUGAACUUUUGGUAAUUGUGCCAAUGCGGGUGCCUGUGGAUGAAAGCCCAGUUUUCCUUUUGUAUCAGGACUGGGCUUUGGGACUCAUUUUUCUUAAGAUCUGGACUAGAAUGGUCAUGCUGGAGCAAAUGGUGCCUCUGGUGGAUGAGGGUUGGCGUGUAAAGUUCGAAAGGGUGAGAGAAGAUGGUUUCUCCAGGCUGCAGGGCUUUUGGGUACUGCGUGAGAUAGUUCUGCCAAUUACUAUGAAGCUGCUUACUGCACUGUGUGUUCCCUAUGUUUUGGCCCGAGGGGUGUUUCCCGUAUUUGGGUACCCAUUGUUGGUUAACUCGGCGGUGUAUCGAUUUGCCUGGCUGGGAUGCCUUGGUUUCAGCAUUUUGUGCUUUUGCGCCAAGAGGUUCCAUGUCUGGUUCACCAACCUCCAUAACUCUAUUCGCGAUGAUCGCUAUUUGAUCGGUCGUAGGCUUCAUAACUUUGGAGAGGAUUCGGGGAGAAGGCAAAGUGAAACGGGUUCUUUGGAAGCACGAAAUUCCGAUACCCAGGGGACUGGGUUAAUUAGGCAGGACCGCGAUGGAUUAGAUGGAGGGUUGAGACUUAGGCAUCUUGACCGGCAAAAUGCCUGAUUAAGAGAUAGGGCUCAUUUUAUACACCUUUUUAAGAGGGGUUAUUUGCUGUCUCUAUUUUACUUAUUUGUUUAGGUUGUAAAUAUGAUUUGGGAAGGUUUUAAUCGCCAGAAGUUAGAUACAAAAUUUUAUUUGUAUGUUCACACAAAGGCUCCGUUUUUUUAGACUUAACUUAAACUUAAUUUAAAUCUGAAAA